GGCUCAGUGGGGUUUGUGGCGGUAAGGAGGGUCAUCGUGGGGACAGGUGAAGAGGGUGUAAAACCUGGGCUGGAGGCUCUAGAGGAACCUGAGACCGGUGGAUGCAGGCCCCUGGGGAACAAGGAUGGGGGGUAGGGAUGGGGAGGGGGACGAGGUGGUGAGAGUUCCCAUUGUAGGCAUGACUCCCUCACCGCACACAGCCAGGAUGCUGCAAGGCCUUUGUCAGUGGUGCCCAGGGCAUCCCAUGAAGCUGCUUCCUCCCACAGAGCUCUCUGGGCAACCCGAGGGGUUGUCAUCACUCUCUAGAGCUCUCUGCGGGGGACGGUUCUGACCCUAGCCCCGUGGCACUCCCUGUGUGACACUGCGGGCGGGGGGUUGCCCUAACCUCACAGAGGUCCCUCUAUGUGACAGGUGGGACAGUAGUCGUAACCUCUGUAGAAUGCUGAGAAUACCUGUUGGCGAGCCUCUCUGAGCAUCUCUAACUGCUCGGAAGAGGCCGGGAUUGGAUGUGUCGCUUGCCUCUAUCAUGGAGGAAGGGAACUAGUUUAUUUUUCUGUCAGUUUUGGUUUUGCCCUUUUAUGACAAUACGAAUGACCCUCUCUGAGAAUUUUGUGACACUAACAGGCUGGAUCGGCUCCACUGAUGUGAAAUCCUCUCCAUAUUGGUUAAUGCUUAAUCUACCAUACAUAAUAUGCAUAAUGCAAGCACUGUAGUUACACAGAAGAUUUCCUGUGCAAGAGCAAAGCUCCACUCGCCACAACUCCCAUAUCUGCAACCGGUGUUCAUGGUCUGUUUUUGCAGCCUUCAAUGGAGAGCGACUGUACAGAUCAAUGAUGAGGACCAGCCCUCGCAGGCCCCUGAUUCUGAAGAGACGAAAACUGUCCCUCCCAGAUGGCAAUGCAUCCAACUCUCCAGCAAGAGAUGAACCGGAUGGGGAGAGUAAAGGAGUCCCCAAGGAGGAGAGUAGCAAAGGGGACAAACCCAGGGACAGAGUGGAGUGUGGCACCCAGAAAUUCCCAGCAGGAAUAAAGAUCAUUAAUCAUCCCACCAUGCCCAACACCCAGGUGGUGAUCAUCCCUCCCGAUGCUGACAUCCAGAGUAUCAUCGAGGCUCUGACAGCCAAGGGGAGAGAAUGUGGCACCAAUGGGCCCAACAAGUUCAUUCUUAUCAGCAGUGGGGGCAGCUCUCGCCCCACAGGCUCAACAGCAGCUCAGCAGAUGCUCCAAUCAAAGGAUGAGACGAGCACAACAACAAAGGGGGCCAGAGCAACAGAUUGUCAGGGUGGAGAGAAGAACAUCGGACAAAACCCUGACAAAACUGUGGAAAGGGCAGUACUGUGGCCUCCACAAGUCAAUUCCAUGGGAGGACAAGAACAGGAAGGAAACAGCAGUGGAGAGGCAACAAGCAGCGGGUUGGAUAACAGUCUGACUAACAUCCAAUGGCUAGGGAAAAUGAGCUCUGAUGGGCUGGGCCCCUGUACUGUGAAACAAGAGAUAGAGAAGGAGAACCAGACACCUGUGCAGGAGACGAUCAAGAUUGAAGAAGACUCCAUUGCUGCCACUGCUACCUCCUCCUCCUUGUGGCAGGACUCGAUCUCAGAACGGCCCCCCUACUCCUACAUGGCCAUGAUCCAGUUUGCCAUCAACAGCACUGAGAAGAAGCGCAUGACCUUGAAGGAUAUCUAUACCUGGAUUGAGGACCAUUUUCCUUAUUUCAAAUAUGUGGCCAAGCCAGGCUGGAAGAACUCCAUUCGACACAAUCUAUCCCUUCACGAUAUGUUUGUCCGGGAGAUGUCUGCGAAUGGUAAAAUCUCCUUCUGGACCAUCCACCCUGAUGCCAAUCGCUAUCUGACGCUGGAUCAAGUGUUCAAGCCACUGGAUGCGGGGUCACCAACAUCGCCUGAGUAUUCUGAAUCACAAAAACGACAUGUUCCAGAACUCCAGAAGAACACAGGGGGAAACAGCAGCAACAAAACUGAGCCACAGAAUGCACGCCGAAAGAUGAAACCUUUGCUUCCUCGCGUCAGCUCCUACCUGGUUCCAAUCCAGUUUCCUGUGAGCCAACCUCUCCUCCUGCAGUCCUCCCUGAAGGUGCCUCAGCCCAUGGCCCAGGGAGCCUCCCUCAGUGGCUCAGAGGCUAUCCGGAGCAGCAAGCGUGUACGCAUUGCUCCAAAGGUGUUGCCGUCCACUGAAGAGCCAUCCUCAUACUUGCCCACGGGGCCUGUGAAGGAGAAGAGUCACUGUGAUGAAAGGCUGCCCCCAUUUGCUCCAACCCAAUCUGUGAAGGAGAACAACUCCCAGCCUGGUGAAGCGCCAGCCUCUUUCCCUGCAGCCCUGUGUAUAAAGGAGGAGAAGGAGGAUUCCUAUCCUGACAAAUGGCUGCCCUCAUUCCCCCCAGUCUCGUCUAUAAAGGAGGAACCAGUGCAGUCUGAUGAAGAGACAGGCCUGUUGCUCCCAGUACCAUGUGUGAAGCGAGAGAAACACUUUACCGUGCUGAAGUCCCCGCCCCGAGGCGUAUCUGACACAGUGAUUAUAAAGAGGCGGAAGAUGGGCAGGUCCAGAAGGAAACAGCACCUAGUGCUGCCUUGCUCAGAAGAGCCAGUCCUGGUUCUGCCAGAGAGCGGUGGCUCUGACUCCUUCAGGCUAGCGUCAGACCUUCCUUUCCUGCAGGAAACCCAGUCUCUAGAGCUCAGCUGCUCCCAGGAGGAGGGUGGCCCCUUUAAAACACCAGUCAAGGAGAUGUUCUGCAAGCUGCCAGUUUCCUCCACCCCUAGCAAAGUCCCAACUGCUACUCCACCAAUGGGGGGCCCUGACUCCUGGAGACUUGCACCCAUCGCUAAGGAAAGUAGUGAGCUGGACUUCAGCCCCGUGAGAACCCCUCAGGUGCCAUUCACAUCCCUCCAGGAGAACUUGGACUUGCUGGGGUUCAACAGCACUCCCCUUAAAAACUCCUUGUUUGACUCCCCUCGACAGCUUCUCCAAACAGAGUCCAAUGACAUGGUUUCCGGGCCCCUCACAAGCUCUCCUGCUUCCAAUCCUGAAUCCACCAAGCAAUCAUCCCCGGAAUUGCCAGCCUCUGGACUACCUGAGAAUCAGUCUCUCAUGGAAGGCCUGGUCCUGGACACCAUGAACAACAGCCUGAGCAAAAUCCUGCUGGAUAUCAGCUUUUCUGGCCUAGAGGAUGACAUCCUGGGGCCAGAGAUGAGCUGGUCUCAGUUUAUUCCUGAACUGAGAUAGGCUGUGUUUGGCUUAUUCCCAAGCUGUAAUGGACACUGGGCUCUACUGAGACUUGCUCAGAUGGGAUAUGCAGGGGCCCAUAAUGUAGUUUUGACUUAUUCCCAUUGGGAAUACUGGGCUGUACUGAGAUCUGCUUGGCUGGAAAACAGACAGGCCCAUUGGCUGCUAUGAGUUCGCUUAUGAGCUGCAAUAAAUAUUGGUCUGGGA